CUCUUAAUGGACAUUUGUUUCCCUUACAUUACAUAGUAAGUCGUUUUGAAACCAGUACUUGUAUACUUUUACUUAAGAAAAAAGCUCAAGUAGAUACUUCCACUUCGACAAAAGUAUUUUUAGACCCCUAGUAUCUAUACUUUUGUGAACUCUGAUUCUCAGUACAUAUAUGAGGCAUGCUGUCAGAGAGCAACACAGUCGCAAAGUCGGGAAGUGGGCGGGUCCCCGGUUCCCAGCACCGACGCACACGCAGCAGCGGGAGACUUCGGGUCCGGGCGCUCAGCCAGCGGCUGCUGCUCCGAACGGUUAUUGGAAAAGUUCAGGUUAAACAAACGAGACAUUAAAGGAAGCAGGGGGGGGGGACACAUCGAGACAUGGCUGCAAACGCCACGCACGGACCUUGCGAGGGCAUCAACCUGAACUUCACGCACGCCUUUCUGCCGCCCGUCUUCGUCACAGUGUUCGUCGUCGGGACACUAUCCAACAUCUGGGGGCUCCGGAGCGUGUACAACAGCUGGAGCAAAAUCGGAAGCAUCAACGUGUUCAUGUUCAACCUCGGGGUGGCGGACCUUCUGUACCUGUCCACCUUGCCCUUCCUCGUGUACUACUACGCGCGCCGCAGCCACUGGCAGUUCGGCCAGGCUUUCUGCAAGGUGACGCGCUUCUGCUUCAACCUCAACCUGUACGGCAGCAUCGGCUUCCUCACCUGCAUCAGCGUGUACAGGUACCUGGGCAUCGUGCACCCCAUGCGCGUGAUGGGGAAGAUCACCAGCCGCCACUCGCAGGCCGUCAGCGCGCUGGUCUGGCUGCUCGUCGUCAUCCAGAUCCUGCCCGACAUGUUCUAUGACAAGAACAGUCCGGAAACACCAAACUCGUGUUACGACACCACGUCGGACGAGCUGGUCCGCGGCUACCUGGCGUACAGCGUCGGCUGGGCCGUCACGGGUUUCGCCGUGCCGUUGGUCAUCAUCCUGGUCUGCUACGGUCACGUGGUCGUGGUCCUCGCCAGGAACGCCAACGUGAACCCUCUGCUGAAGCAGAGGUGCUUGAAGCUGGUCGUGAUCCUGCUGAUCCUCUUCUCCGUGUGCUUCAUCCCGUACCACGUGUUCCGGAACGUCAACCUGAAGACCAGAAUCAUGAAACUGAGCGGGGUCUGCAACGCCAGAUUCCGCGACAUCUACAUCGCGCACCAGGUGGGCAGAUGCCUGGCGUGUCUGAACAGCGCCUUGAACCCGCUCAUAUACAUCGUGGGGAACGACGAAUUCCUCAUGAAGCUCCAUCACAUCAGGAGGCGGGCCCGGCUGUCCCUGGCCGGCGUGACGGGGGCCGUCCGGUACCGCAGGCCGGUGGAGGCGGACCCGGACUCGCCAUCGGAGACUCCCGAGCUGAUGAAAGCAUGAGACGCACAGUGGGGUUUAUUGCUGUGAUGUGGCUGCUCGCAGCUGGUGCUCGUGUUUCUCGUGAAGUUGUCAGCCACGUGCCGAGGCGCUGUUUGUACCUUACUGCUGUAUAUCCCGUGACCGCUUUGUGCAGAGGAGGUCCCGUUUACACCUACCGUUUCACUGUUACAGGUGAAGCUUUUGUUCUUUGUUCUUUCCAGUGGAUCACGUCGCGAAGAAGAAUGAGCAGAGCCGUUUGUCAGCUCUUUUAUUAUAGGACAAUAAACACAAAGUAAAAGAGGAACUGCAACGCAGCUGUGUAGGCCUCAUACAUUUACAUCUUGCUUUUCACUCUGCUCCACACUAAACAGUGUUGGCAGAAAUAUUCACAGCUUCAGAGAAUGUACAUCACCACACUGUAAAAAAAGGUAUUACGGGUGUUUACUUCCACAAAACAGUAUUAUUAACACAAUGUAAUGAAUGCCCCAAAUUAAAGUACUCGUUCUGCAGA